AUGACGGAGCGACUGGAGCAGCGAUACUGCAUAAAAUUUUGUCAGAAACUGGGCGACAGCCAAGUGGAAACCAUUGGGAAGAUCAAGACGGCUUUCGGUGACGACGCUAUGAGCCGCACACAGAUUAAGGAGUGGUACAACCGGUUUAAAGACGGCCGCACAUCGGUGGAGAGCGAGCCACGCUCCGGUCGGCCAUCAACAUGCCGAAAUGACCAGGUAAUUGCCGAAGUGAACGCUGUGGUGAUGCGGGGCCGUCGUGUGACUAUCCGGGAAAUUGCGGAAGAGGUGGGCAUCAGCACUUUCUCUGCACAUUCCACUAUGACCGAAGAUUUGGCCAUGAAGAGAGUUGCGGCGAAAUUCGUGCCGAAACUGCUCACGGUGGUGCAAAAGCAACUUCGUGUUGAAGUCUCACAGGACAUGCUGGAUUUAACAAGCAGUGACCCUAACUUCAUGAAUAUCGUUAUCACUGGUGACGAGUCUUGGGUGUACGGGUACGACCCGGAAACCAAAUCCCACAGUGGAAGCAUUCCACGUCACCAACACCAAAGAAAGCCCGCCAAGUGCGCAGCAACGUCAAAGUGA